AUGGAGGAAGGUGAGGACACCCCGAUGGGGGAGAAGAGCCCCUCGGAGAGGGACGGGGGCGGCUCGGACCACGAGGGCUCUGCUGAGCACAGCACCUCCAGCCCCCCCGGCAGCGAAGAGUCCAGAGAUGCCCCAGAGAGUCCAAAGGAGCUGGAGAAGCUGGAUCCUGGAGAAAACCCACAGGAGCCAGAUGCCUGGAAUGGGCCAGAUGAGCUGGAUCUGGUCGUGCAGGAGGGGGAGAGGCGGGUGCAGACCUGCAGGAGCCUCCCCGAGGGUUUCUCCUGGGGACCCUUCCAGGGCAGCAUCCACAGCGAGCCAGCAUCGCCGGGACACGGGGAGAUGGGCCCCCCCGUGACGCUGGUGCUGGGGGACGAGAGCUGCUGGCUUUCCCGGCUGCCCCUCGUGCCCACGGAGCCAGAUGCCAACACUGUCAUCUACAGGAAGGACCAAGCCCUGUGGUGCCGGACAACGCGCGCCCUGCGGGAGGAUGAACCCGUCUGCGCCUUCGUGAUGGCAGAGCCACCCGCUGUCCCCAACCACCAUGGGGUGAAAGCAGAGCCCGAGGACUCCCCGUACCCAGCUGCACUGCACUCCGACAUCCAGCUGCUCCCACAGCAAGCCGGCAUGGCCGCCAUCCUGGCCACUGCCGUGGUCAACAAGGAUGUCUUCCCCUGCAAGGACUGCGGGAUCUGGUACCGGAGCGAGCGCAACCUGCAAGCCCACCUGAUGUACUACUGUGCCAGCCGGCAGAGCGCCGGCUCACCCGCCCUGGAGGAGAAGCCCAAGGAGACCUACCCCAACGAGCGUGUCUGCCCCUUCCCCCAGUGCAAGAAGAGCUGCCCCAGUGCCAGCUCCCUGGAGAUCCACAUGCGGAGCCACAGUGGAGAGCGGCCGUUUGUCUGCCUGAUCUGCCUGUCAGCCUUCACCACAAAAGCCAACUGCGAGCGUCACCUCAAAGUGCACACGGACACCCUGAAUGGCGUCUGCCACAGCUGUGGCUUCAUCUCCACCACGAGGGACAUCCUCUACAGCCACCUGGUCACCAACCAUAUGAUCUGCCAGCCAGGCUCCAAGGGAGAGGUGUACUCACCAGGGCCAGCUCUGCCCACCACCAAACCCCUCGCCACUGCCCCCGAGGGACUGCGGGAAGGUGUCCGCGAGCCCCCCACGCCCCCCACCUACACAGACAGGGGGGUGCAGACCCCCCUGGCCAAGGCUGUGCCCGUCCCCAUGCCCAACGGCAACCACAGGUACUGUCGCCUCUGCAACAUCAAGUUCAGCAGCCUUUCCACCUUCAUCGCCCACAAGAAGUAUUACUGCUCCUCCCAUGCUGCUGAGCAUGUCAAGUAA